CUGCACCCCGAACUCACGGGCUUUCGGAGGAGGGUGGAAAGUUGGGUUGUAUUUUUUUUACGGUUGUUUUUGUUCUUUUUAAAAUUUUUUUUUCUGAUUUGUCUCCCACCUCUCGUGUCCCGUCCUGUCCCGUCCUCCCCCCCCCCCCCCCCCCCCCCCCCUUCUAAAUAGGAGAUGUUCUCAGGACAGCGCCCGGGAGACUGGCUGGAAUCAGUUUUGGAGGGUGAUACACCGCGACAGCUAAAAGUUGGAUAGGGUUUCAGCAGCUCCUAUAUAAAGCAGGGGGGACUUAUGUCACUGCACUAAUUAAAUUCCAUCUGGGUUGUUCCUCGGGGUGUUUUUGAGACUGCCACCCAACUCAAGCAGGCAGAGAGGCCGAGGGACAGCAUGAUGGACCUUUUUGAAACUGGCUCCUAUUUCUUCUACUUGGACGGGGAGAAUGGAGCCCUGCAGCAGCUGGAGAUGGCUGAGGGAUCCCCGCUGUACCCAGGCAGCGAUGGCACCUUGUCUCCAUGUCAGGACCAAAUGCAGCCAGAGGCUGGCAGUGACAGCAGCGGAGAGGAGCAUGUGCUGGCACCCCCGGGACUACAACCCCCUCACUUCCCCGGCCAGUGUUUGAUCUGGGCUUGUAAAACUUGCAAGAGAAAGUCGGCUCCCACGGACAGACGGAAAGCAGCCACCCUGCGGGAGAGGAGAAGGCUGAAGAAGAUCAACGAAGCCUUCGAGGCUCUGAAAAGACGGACUGUGGCGAACCCCAACCAGAGGCUGCCCAAGGUGGAGAUACUGAGGAGCGCCAUCAGCUACAUCGAGAGGCUGCAGGACCUCUUGCACAGGCUGGAUCAGCAGGAGAAAAUGCAGGAGAUCGGGGGGGACCCCUUCAGCUUCAGCCCCAAGCAGGGAAAUAUCCCCAGUUCGGACUUCCUGAGCACCUGCAGCUCCGACUGGCAAAGCGUUUCUGACCAUUCCCGAGCCCUAGGAGUCAGCCCCAAGGAAGGCGUCUCCGUUGUCGAGUCGUCGGCCUCCAGCAGCCUUCGCUGCCUCUCUUCAAUAGUGGACAGUAUUUCUUCCGACGAGCCCAAACUGCCCAGCGCGGAGGAAGCAGUGGAGAAAUAAACCCGGUUUUGUGGUAGUAUAUUUAACGGAGACGGAGCCCCCACCCUCUUUCCUCUAAACUAAGAAACGAAGCAAAUUCACACAGUGGAAAGCCCAAGCAGGGGCCUUUUUAAAAUCGAAUCGAGGUACACCCACCCCAAAGAAAAUGGCUCCCACUGACUCGAGCCAGGCUUACCCCUUGCCUUCUUUCUUUUCCCGAAUUUUGUUUUCUUUAAAUUGUGUUGCAUAGACCACCCUUCCUUUUCCCCCCCCCUUUUUUUUUUUCUUUUUUUCCCUUUUUUUAAAAUUUAAGAUACUUACCUGUGUACCGGUGAUCCGCUUUGUCUGAGACUCACCGGGAAGUUCAUUCCUGUCUGAGUGAAGCUGUUGGUUGCCUUUCGUGUGAGUCAUAUUUAAAGAGUUCCCGCCUCAUUUCGUUCCUGUAAAUAAUUUCAGUACUGUCUUUUCUUUUGUAAACAUAACAUAUAUAUUUAAAUGGUGGAAUGUGAUACUGUAUAUAAGAACAGAUGGAUUUCUUGGAUUGUAAAAUAAAGCUCUUUGUGUUAGUGUUUUC